AUGACUAAAUAUCUAGACAAUGGAUUUAGGUAUAUGGAUCCCAACUACCAAUCUAGGAGCAUACACUCAAAUGAUUAUUUAGAGUUGUUAGUAUCAAAACUUCUACCAUCCGACCACAAGUUCAAAUAUAAAGAGUAA